AACAAUUUAAAGCUGUUCCUCAGCAAUAGAGGUUGAUCAAUAGAGGCUGGUGCUACUAAUUCCUAAAGGUGUUCCAACUUUGCUGGAUUACUUGCAACACCCUCUGUAUGCAUAAAAGCAGUGUUGGAACACACUGUUGUACUAUACUCUCAUUAGCAUCAGUUGAACAGUUUCACAAAUGGUAGUGAAAGUAGGAAGAAAGUAGUGUAUUGUUACAAAAAUAGCGAGAAAAAGGCAAUUAACAAUGGAAGAGAGACAGACCAUCAUUACUCUUAAAAUGUACACAGCAAAUUCUGGUCUUUGGAAUAAACUCUCUGGGAGUUCAGAUUAAUUACAUUUGAGUGUACAUGCGUGACCAUCGAAUGAACUCUAGUGCAGAGUCUUUCCCGGGAGUUGAUUUUUCAACUCUUUAUGAGUUAAAACUGAACUCUCAUGGAGUUAAAUUUCUACUACCAUAUAGAGUAAAAUGUAACUCAUAACUAGAGUUAAUUUGAUAUUAACUCUUUUAUAGUGUUUCUCAUCAAAUGAAAAAAGGUUUUAGGUGGAAAUUACUACAAGACACCAUACUGGUUAUUAUGAAUGUAUGAAUUUUAUUUAUCAAAAAUAACAUUCAAAAUUGAAUGCUGCAUGGAUUAGCAUACAUUCUGUGUAACAGUACUGUAAUAGCGUAACAUCCAUCAUUAAUGGCAGCUAAACAGUUGAGACAUUGUGUGGUCAGAUUGGCCUAGCAUUGGGGGAAAAGAAAAAAAACAGAAUUAAAGAAAAAAAUCACUACAGAAUAAGCACUUCAUGUAAUGCAUGAGGAAGACUAUAAAUUCUCCAUUAAGCCAACAAAUCAAAUAAUGCAACUCUCUGACACAACAUAAAAUUGUGAAUCACACCCAUAUGACAUUUGGGCAUCAAAACAUUUGUAAUGUCUUAAUUUCUCCCUUUCUAGGACCAGUAUCUUUUUAGGAAUAGUUUCAUUUACCUGAAAAGCAUGAAAAUGAUCAUGGAAACACGUUUCAUGCUCAACCAUAACAAAAAUAGCUUUACCAUCAUGCAAAAUGAUCGAAGUUAUCUUGCUGAAAACUGGGAUGUUUUCAUAAGUGCCUGUACAAACAAAAAGCCCAACACGAUAUUCAACUCCACUACACUUUACCCAGUUUGUGAGUUUGACAGUGUUCUGUAAAUCAACAUGAAGAUAUGUGUCAGGGUCCUGGGUCUGAGCGACCCAGGAUCCCUGAGCAGUUAUAGACUUAUGUUACUUAUGUAUUUUUGGUGUUGCUCCCCCUUUUCCCUAUGCUUGUACAUAUGUGUGUGGGUGGCUGUGUGUCUGAGCACUCGUUUAUAGGUGCCUUCAGGCCUGGUGGGUGUGGCCCUGCUAGGGGACUGGCCACACCCGAAGCCACGCACCUGCUGCUGAUCAGGCCUCGUCGGGGGAGCUACUUAAGAGAGUCUUGGAGCUCCCACUGGCGCGGGAUCAUUGCGUGAGACUCCACGAGGAGCGUGGGAGGCCUGAAGAGCGGCGAGCACCGGGAGUGCGACACACGGGAGCAGAGAGCACAAGGAGGACACGUCACGGGAGUCUGGGGAAAACACGGAGAUUUAUUAUUGUUUGUACCACACACUGUAAAUAAACACACUGUUCGCACACAGAGCACCACGCCUGGGUCCUCCUUCCCUACAUCCCCACGGUCUGCCAGCACAGACCGUGACAGAAUGAUCCCGCCAGACAUGGACCCAGCGGUCUCUGAGGAGAGGCUCAGGAGGGAGAUUAUGGACAGGGUUUACAGACUCUGUGAGUUGUGGUGGGAGAAGCCCGCAGAAGGGUUGCGUCGCGCCGUGGGGAGGCGGCUGCAGGAGACGCUUUUUAAAUUCCCUUGGCUGGUUGACGAUCUCAAUCCUGUCGUCAUGGACUUCCUGCUUUCCACCCUCCACCUCCACUCUCCUCCUCAGGCUGCUCACCAGCCCAGACAGCUGGUGGAUUCAAAGCCUGACACGCCGGCCCCGACGUCUACCCGGAGACGACGUUUGCGCCGCCAGCGUUCCUCACCGCAGCCUAAUCCACGGACAUCUCAAGAGCCGGCUGUGGUGAGCAAUACGGACAUUUUUUCAUUUCCCUCACCAUCUGUUUGUGUGUCUGCAGUGGACGAUGACGCUGCCGUAAGCCAUCCGACGGCGCAAGUAACAUCACCUCGGUCAGAGGUCUCCACACCACUCGCUGCUUCACCAUCUGCAGUUGUAGCGCCGCCGUCAUCUCAUCCGCCUGCAGUCACCCUUCUGCCAUCUUCUUCACCGGCUGCUACGUCACCACUCGGACCUGUCCUGCCCGAGCAGGAGCUCAGCUCGCCGGAGCAGCUGCCGGAGGAGCUCAAGAAGCCGGAGCCGCUCAGGGAGCCGGAGCUGCUGCUGGAGGAGCUCAGGGAGCCAGAGCCGCCGCCGCUGCGUUGCCAGCGGAGGAGCUCGACCAGCGGGAGGAGCCUGUGCUGCCAGCGGAAGACCUCGGCAAGCCGGUGGGACCCGCUCAGCCGAAGCUGGAGGUUAGCGAGCUGGAGCUGGAGCUCAGUGAGCAGGAGCAGGAGCUCAGAGAGCGGGAGGAGCCCGCACCGCCAGCUGCGAAGCCCUGCGAGCCGGAGCAUUAGCUCGGAGAGCGGGAGGAGCCCGCACCGCCAGCUGAGGAGCUCAGCGUGCCGGAGGAGCCAGCGCCGCUGCCGGAGGAGCUCAACGAGCCGGAGGGACCGGCGUUGCCAGCAGAGGAGCUCGGCCAGCGGAGGACCUCAGCAAGCCGGAGGGACCUCCACGUCUAGCGCACCCUCCACGCCAUCCACGUCCAGCGCGUCCACGUCAGCGACCAGCGCGCUACACUGCUGCUCACUGUUGCUCGCCGGAGCAACGUCGUUGCCGUCGGACCCGGGGCAAGCCACCGGAGGAGCAGCACUGCCGCCACUGGACCCGGGGCAAGCCGCCGGAGGAGCAGCGCCGCCGCCACUGGACCCGGGCCAGGCCACCGGAGGAGCAGCGCCGCCGCCUCGGGAUCAGGGGAAGGCCACCAGAACCGUUUCGCCGCUGCUGCCGGACCCAUGGCCGCCCGCCGGAGCUGCAACGCUGCCGCCAUUGGAGUCCGCUGAGCCAUACCAUGGACUCAGCGGACUCAGCCCCCACCCAGCAGCCGGUCAUCUCUCCAGAAGCUAUUUUGGAUCGGCACAAACAAAUGUUGCAGCACAUAAAUCAGCUUCUGGUAAGCCCACCCAAACCAUCAGCGCCUGUCUCUUCGCAGUUACUGGCUCAUGAGCCUCCUGCGCCCGGGCCUCCCGUUUCUUCGACACCUGCUCUUUUGGGUGGAUGAACACAUGCGAGCAUGUCGCGGAGCUAGAGACUACAACUCCCAGAGGCCUCUAGGACAUGGGGAAAUGGCCUCUGGCGGAGGCGCGGCCAGUGGCGUGGGAAAUCGGGACAGGAAUUAUGAGGACGAGGGUGAGCAACCCAU